AUGUUGUCCCAAGCCUUAGAUAGUGGUCGCCGUAUCAGCGGGCAUAUCAUGACACUGUUGUUGUUCACGAAGUCUGAUGUCUUAACCACUCUGUUACCUGUCACUUUGUUUGCCUUGGCGAAUGCUCCCCAUCCCCACACAACUCGCAUUCUGGACAUCAUAAUUUGGAUAUGGAUCCACCUCCUGAAAUUUGACAUAUCUAAUCAGAUUCAGGAUCCAGAGGAGGACAAAAGAAACAAGCCUGAUCGCCCUCUCCCCGCCGGUCGUAUAACUGCCCAGAAUGCGGCGGACGUGCGCUGGCUGCUACUUCCUAUCUGUCUGAUGUUUUCCGCGAUGUAUGGCAGACAGACUCUCGCCUCUAGCGCUUGUUUUGAAGCCCUCAGUAUCUGGUAUAAUGAAUUUGGAGGCCACAAAGCUGGGCUUUCAAAGAAUCUAUUGACAGCCGUUGGAUAUACGUGCCUGGAAGCAGGUGCAACGAUUGUUGCAGGGUCCGGCCCGUGCCUCGAUAGUAUCAGUGCGCGCGCAGUUGCUUUGAGCUGUGCAGUGUUCGCAACGACACUUCAUGCACAAGAUUUCAAAGACGAAGAGGGGGAUCGCUUUAUAGGAAGACGCACUCUCGUCACUCUGUUCCCUACCUUUGCACGUAUUUCAAUGAUGCUGGGCGUCCCCCUUUGGUCGUUCUUCCUCAGCAGACUCUGGAAUGUGGAUUUUGUCUGUUCUGUUGCCUUUAUAGCGUAUGGAACAGUUGUAGGGGGGAGAUUCAUGGUGUAUAGGACUGCGAGCGCUGAUAAACAAUCCUGCAAAUUGUACAGUCUCUGGUUUGCCCUUGCGCACUUACUCCCUGGCUAUUGGCGAUUUUUCUACAGCACUUGA